AUGAUAACUAAUCAUCCAUCUUAUCCAAAAAAAGAGAUAGAUAAAUAUAAUUUAUAGACUAAAUUACCAGAGUAUUGACUUUCUUAUUCUAGAUAUCAAACAGUUCCUAUAAAUUAACCAUAAAAGAAAACUCAUGACUAUUAUAAUGAUAAUACACAUAUUUGGAAUAAUCCACAUCAAGCUAAAUCAAAUGCAAAGGUAUUUAAAUAAUUAAAAGAAUAACAUGACAAAGGAGAGAAGAGAAUUAAGAAAUUAUAAGAAAUGGAAUAUAAAGAGAAAUAAGAGUUACAACACAAUAAAAUAAUAUACUAUAAUAUGGCAAGAGAAGAGGAUCUAAUUAGAUUAUAAUAAAGAAAAUUAGAAAGAGGAAGUUUAUAAAAUUUAAGUUCAUAACGUAAUGAUGUAUAAGUAGAUACUAUUGCUAUUAAACCAAUACUUUCAAGAACAGCAUUAUUAGGUCGACCAGAUCAUUUAUGGAAUAAAUUGAAUUAACAAUCUUAAAAAUAUGUUAAUUUACUUAUCAAUCCAAAAAUUUUGUAAAUGGAAGAAUAAGGAGUUAAAGCAAUAAAUGAAAAAAUAUAAAAAGAUUUAGAAAUUUAAUAAAUUAAAGAAGAAUUAAGAUUAUAAAAUAUGGAACAUAUUAAAUAAUUAAAUACUCGUAGAAGAAUGACAAAUCUUGAAAUAGAGUAAAGAAGUGGAAUUCAACCUUCUAGAUUAAGUUUUUAAAGAGUAGCCACUGCUUAAACUAAUUUUAGAUAAACUAAAGAUGUUAUUGAAUCUACUUUAUAAUAAUUAGAACAUUAAUAAUAAUCUUAAACUAUUCAAUAAUUAAAAAAUUAAAUUAUCAAUUCUGCUUAAUUCAAUCAAACAAGCAGACCAUAUACAGUUGGAAGUGUAAUAAUAAUUAUUAUUAAUAGGAUUUUAAUUCCAUUUCUUUCAAUGCUGGAUAAACUAUAAAAAAUGAAUAGCCUAAUAAUCUUACUCAAAAUUAAACAACUCCAAUUUUUCUAGUUAAUACGUAUUAAAUAAUAAUUAUUUAAAGCUAAAAAUCAAAAUCUGUAUCUACUCUUUCUUAUAAACAUCCAUUAGAUAGAACUGAAUAUAAAGGCUUAUUAUUAGCAUAGGCAGUUGAAUAAGCUGAAAGUAAUUUCAGUAAAACCUUAAAAGUUAAUAGUACAUUGUUAAAGGAAACUUCAAUUCAUUUUAUAAGACAUAAAUAAUCAAUGAUUCCAAAAAAAAGAAUAUAAAUAAAAUGCAAUAACAAUAUUACUAAUGAAUAAUCUAAAAAUGAAUAAAAAGAUUUGUAACUUGUAAAUAACAUGUUAGAUAGUUUUGAAAGAAAACUUUAUAGAAAUAAUAAUUUCGAUGAUGAAAUUUUAUGA